AUCUUCACUUCACCAUCAAGACAUUCCUAAGCUCUCAAUCAAGUGUAUCAUCAAUCACCUCCAAAGCUACCAAGACCAAGCAGCAUGUCGCAAGACAAAAAAUGGUGUAUGCGCGACUAUGACAGCGAUGAUGAGGAUGUUAGUGCGUAUGAGGAAUCGAGUAAUUCUGACGAUGCGCCCCAAGCUCGUUCGCACGUUACCCCGCGAUCCAAGCGUUCAAAAAUUUCAUCAAAGAAUUUUGAGGUUCAACUAGGCGAAGGUACCUCCCAUAAUCCCAAAGAACUCUCAAGAAGUCAAACUGGAGUAUCACGUGACUAUGUCGACUUGGAUUCCGAUGGUGCUCGUAUCGUUGGAAUUGAUUUUACCGACAAAGAGGUAGAACAACUCAAGAAGCUAAUUGGAAAGGGGAUUUCUUACUCAAUUGAUCGUCGUCCUUCCAACAUCAUUGAUUGCCACCAAAAGAAUUGGGUAGGUGUGCAUUUUGAUUCCUUGAAAGCCGGUUUGCGCAUCCCCUUUGACCCGUUCCUUGUUGACUUCGUGAAUUAUUACGGCAUAGUUCCAGGUCAGAUAGCACCCAACGCACACCGUAUUCUUGCAUGCUACCCUCAGAUUUGCAAACGUCACCAAGUGCCUUGUACACUAGAACUCUUCAAUUUUCUCCAUCUGGUAAAGUGCAUGGGGAAGAACCAUCGCAACGGUUUUGUCAUUAUCCAAUGUCGUGGGACGGCUGGGAAAGUUUCUGACUUGCCUGACAACAACCGUAGAUGGAAAGAGAAAUUUCUUCGGGUUCGUUUGGAUGGUGAUCUUCCUUUUAAAAAUGAAUGGUCUCGUCGGAUGCGUAAGUGCGUGGUACCCCCUGAGACUCCAGAGAUUCACAUUGCUGUUGAGAAGAUUAAGUCUGAAUGCUAUUCUUGGGAGAUUUACCACUCCGCAGAGGCUUUUGAUGCAGCUCGACUCCCUGCUCCAAUUUACGGGGCCCAAGGUUGGAUCUUAAACGGUUAGCACAUGUCUCCCCUUUUAAUCUUUGAUUCCUCACACGUUUUGUUAUUUCUUAUUGACAUCCAGGAGCGCCGGAUAUUGAUCCUGAAUUAAAGGAACUGCUAGGUGCAGGCGCAAGCGGGAGUAGUCGACCUGGAUUGCCAAAGAUUAUUUUGAAAAAGAAAUUUGUACCUCCUACUAUCCCCCGUUAUGAAUUUGGUAGCCCUGGCUUUCCUUCUGCUCCGUUUCCCCCUAAAUCACAUGGGAAGCGUCCCAUAGGUGAGGUUGAAAGUGAGGUGUCGGGGAACGCUUUUGCCACUUGUCCUAACCUCGAUGGGGGGUCUCCACUUGUGAGCGCGUUGACCCGCGCAC